AUGAUGAAACAAUGUGCUACUGUAGGUCGAGGAAAAGCAACAAUUGAGGUGGGGAUAUACAUCAACGCUAACUACACAAACAUCCUCAAGGAGAGUCAGAUCAGCACUGCCUCACAGAUUGUGAACUGGGUCAUCAACCGGUGGAAUAUCAUCAGACAAGUUUACCAGGAUACGGCUCGCAUUGGGACUGAAGUUGAUAUCAAGAUUAAACGUUUGGAGAUUUGGUCUAAAAAUCCAGAUUACUAUGGGAGUUCAAACGAGAGCCAGAGCAUAAAAUCCCACUUAAAGCUGUUCUGUGAGCAGUCACCAGAAGACGGUGUCGAUCACAAAAUGAUGUACACUUGGGAAACUAGGAAGAAAAUAGUGGGAAUCUCGUCUGUUGGAGGCGUCUGCCAUCCCAAGAAAAAGUGUUCCCUUGUGAUGCCUCAAAGAAAUGGAGUUCAGCGAGAACUGCAUGAGCUUGGUCACAAUCUUGGCCUCCUCCACGAUCCAAAGAUCGCCAACUGCACUUGGCCCUAUGGUUUCAUGGGCUGGGAACCCACUACAGAAUUCAAGGACUGUUAUCGGCCACUAUUUCUGGCAUCAUUGGC